UCCAUAUAUCUUUCUUGCCCUUUAGGAGAAAAAACAAAACAAAAACACACAUUUUCAGCCACACCAUCUAGCUAGCUAUGGAUCAUGAUCAUGGCAUGAUGAUGAGCCCACCACCACCACCACCACCACCAUCAUCAUCAUCAUCAUCAUCACCAUCACCAUCCAUGGGGCAUAAUAACAUGAGCAUGACUGACCAUAACAUGAUGAUGAUGCACAUGACCUUCUACUGGGGUAAGAAUGGGCAAAUCCUCUUCUCUGGGUGGCCUGGGAUACGCACGGGUAUGUAUGUCCUAGCUCUAGUUAUCGUCUUCCUCCUCGCCCUCCUCGUUGAGUGGCUUGCUGGCUCUCGUCUUGCAAAACCAGGUGGUAAAGGGUUCGUUUCAUGCCUCCUACGUACCCUAGUGCAUGCACUACGCAUGGGACUCGCCUAUCUCCUCAUGCUGGCUGUUAUGUCUUUCAAUGUGGGUGUUUUUAUCGUUGUUAUUGUGGGUCAUGCACUCGGGUACAUGGUUUUCGGGUCAGGCCAUAAGGGUUCUGAGGAUUCGGGUUUCCCUCAUUGA